AAAUUCGCCUCUGAUAAAGUUAAUCAUAAGCUUUGGGAGCUGUCUGUUGAUGGGCUUCAAUCACUUCUUGACGGAAGCUCAGUGCGUAUUUAGUGGACGGAAGUGCUAGUGAACGGAGUGAAAAUGUGCUUAGGAAAAGUGAAAAUCCGUUUUAAGUGCCUGAUUAUUCUAGUUAUUUAUUUGUGUGUGCAAGAAGUGGACUUGCAAACCACGCAGAAUAUCAAUGUCUUAUACGUUAACGAGGUGGGUAAUGAUAUUGCGGCAAAAGCUGUGGAUGUUGCCGUGAAUUAUGUUAAGAAAAAUCCAAAUCUUGGCCUAUCUGUGGAAGUUAUGUCUGUGGAAGGGAAUCGCUCGGAUUCCAAAGGAUUGCUGGAAUCUUUAUGCUCAAUGUACUCUCGAUCUCUGGUGAUGAAUCAGCCACCACAUGUGAUUCUGGACACCACAAUCACUGGUGUGGCAUCAGAAACUGUAAAAUCCGUCAGUUCAGCCCUUGGGAUUCCCACUGUGAGUGGAUCCUUUGGUCAAGAGGGGGACCUUCGACAGUGGCGAGAUCUCAAUGAUAAGAAAAAGAACUAUCUCCUGCAAAUCAUGCCACCGGCUGAUCUAAUUCCUGAAGUCAUUCGUGGCAUCAUAAUAAAUCAGAACAUUACAAGUGCUGCAAUUCUCUAUGACCCCUACUUUGUUAUGGAUCACAAGUAUAAAGCUCUUCUUCAGAACAUCCCAACACGCCAUGUAAUCACGGCAAUAAAUGUGGAGCAGCGUGCUGAACAAAUUGAGAAGCUGCGGAAUCUCGAUAUUAAUAACUUUUUUGUUUUGGGAGGAUUAACGUCCAUCAAGGAAGUUUUAGAAUCCGCCAAAAAGGAAUACUUCGAUAGAAACUUUGCCUGGCAUGCAAUAACUCAGCAAAGGGGAGAUCUCACAGCCAAUCUGGACAAUGCUACGAUUAUGUUCCUACGGCCAAUUCCCGACAGUAAAGCUAAAGAUCGCUUGGGUGUCAUGAAGACAACUUACAAUCUCAAGCAAGAACCUGAAAUAACCUCAGCGUUCUACUUUGAUAUGGCUCUAAGGACAUUUCUAGCUGUUCGGGAAAUGCUCCAAGUUGGAGCCUGGCCUAUGGAUAUCAAAUAUCUAAACUGCGAUAACUACGACGGAACUAACACACCAGAUCACACUAUUGAUUUAAAAUCGUAUUUUGUCGGUGUUUCGGAACCUACAACCUACGGAAGUUUCGAGUUCAAUUCUCGACCAGCGCUACCCUUCAAUGGAUACAGCUAUAUGAAGUUUGAUAUGGAUAUCAAUGCAGUAUCCAUAAGAGGAGGUGCAUCUGUAAAUACUAAAAAUCUCGGAUUCUGGACAUCUGGACUAGAUGCUACAAUUUCCAUAAAGAACCAAGAAGAUAUGAAGAAUCUAACGGCUGAUGUAGUUUACAGAAUAUACACGGUUGUGCAACCACCCUUUAUAAUUCGCGACGAAAAAUCUCCUAAAGGCUACAAAGGUUACUGUAUCGAUCUGAUUGAGGAAAUUGCCAAAAUCGUAAAGUUCGACUAUACGAUCAAAGAAGUCGAAGAUGGAAAAUUUGGGAAUAUGGACGAAAAGGGUGAAUGGAAUGGCAUUGUGAGGAAGUUAAUUGAUAAACAAGCAGACAUUGGACUAGGUUCAAUGUCUGUUAUGGCAGAACGAGAGACAGUGAUUGAUUUUACAGUGCCAUAUUACGAUCUUGUGGGCAUCACCAUUAUGAUGCAACUUCCUAGCACUCCUAGUUCUCUCUUCAAAUUCCUAACAGUGCUCGAGACGAAUGUCUGGCUCUGUAUCCUUGCGGCUUAUUUCUUCACUAGCUUCCUCAUGUGGGUAUUUGACCGAUGGAGUCCCUAUAGUUACCAGAACAAUCGUGAAAAAUACAAAGAUGACGAUGAGAAGCGAGAAUUUAAUAUUAAGGAGUGCCUUUGGUUUUGUAUGACUUCCCUAACGCCUCAAGGUGGUGGAGAAGCCCCAAAAAACCUUUCAGGACGACUUGUGGCAGCUACUUGGUGGCUUUUUGGAUUUAUCAUCAUUGCUUCGUACACCGCCAAUUUGGCUGCCUUCCUCACAGUAUCGCGUCUCGAUACUCCAGUUGAAUCCCUAGACGAUUUAGCAAAGCAAUACAAAAUCCUCUAUGCUCCUCUGAAUGGAUCCUCAGCCAUGACCUACUUCCAGCGUAUGGCUGAUAUUGAGGGGAAGUUUUAUGAGAUCUGGAAGGAUAUGUCCCUGAAUGAUUCCCUGACUCCAGUUGAAAGAUCUAAGCUUGCAGUCUGGGAUUAUCCAGUGAGUGACAAGUAUACCAAAAUGUGGCAGGCUAUGCAGGAAGCUGGGCUUCCUAAUAGUCUCGAAGAGGCAGUUGGAAGAGUUAGGAAUUCAACAACAGCCACAGGAUUUGCCUUUCUGGGUGAUGCUACGGACAUUAGAUACUUAGUUCUGACCAAUUGUGAUCUUCAGAUCGUUGGUGAGGAAUUUUCCCGGAAACCUUAUGCGAUUGCUGUUCAACAGGGAUCACCGCUCAAGGAUCAAUUCAAUAAUGCGAUUCUUAUGUUACUGAACAAGAGACAAUUGGAGAAGUUGAAAGAAAAGUGGUGGAAGAAUGACGAUGUUCAGAGCACGUGCGAGAAGCCCGAGGAUCAAUCUGAUGGUAUUUCUAUUCAGAACAUUGGCGGUGUCUUCAUUGUGAUCUUUGUGGGAAUUGGAAUGGCAUGUGUGACGCUAAUCUUUGAGUAUUGGUGGUACAAGUACCGCAAGAAUCCCAAGAUAAUCGACGUGAGUGAGGCUCCAGUGACACAAAUGGGUGGUGGAAAGCACCAUGAUCUUCCCCAGGCGGGAAAAUUGGGAGAUUUGGGGGGUCUUAUAAAGUUCGAUGGCAAAGGAUCAUCCAACAAUACUGCCCUCCGUACACGAAAUACCCAGCAAUUUGCGGGCAGCACCUUCAAGGCACGUUUCUGAGCAAUAAAAUGUGCCCAAAUAGAUGUUUUCGCUCUCAAAAGUGUAUUUGUGUGUAAUUCUCUUGCACAGUGAUUGUGGCUUUGCUCUCUCUUGAUGCCUCAAGUCCCGCCAAAACGAAAAAAACGCGCAACAAAGUGUGUGAGGAUGUUGAUCGUUAGAUUAUCUCCAGUCUCCUCAAGCUCAAUUUAAACUCUCUUACAAAUUGCACCAGAGCAUUUUCAAUAAAGACGUUGUACCUUUGAAGAGA